AUGGUAGAACACGAAAGGCUCGAAGAAACCAUGAGAGACGAGGGGUUGACUGAAGAACAGAAACAAGAGAAACGCGUUCAGCACGCGAUCAAAGAGACAGAGUUUCUCAGACUUAAGAGAUCCCGUUUAGGAGUCGAAGACUUUGAACCGUUAAAAGGACACAUAAAACUGUCCGACUUUGGACUCUGCACUGGCCUUAAGAAAUCACAUCGAACUGAGUUUUACAGAGACUUGUCUCAAGCAAAACCCAGUGAUUUCACAUCAAAUCCGAUGGACUCUAAACGCAGAGCCGAGAGUUGGAAGAAGAAUAGGAGACAAUUGGCGUACUCUACAGUUGGAACACCUGAUUAUAUUGCGCCCGAAGUUUUCAUGCAAACCGGUUAUGUUUCGAGUGAAAGGCCGGCCGCUAUAGCAGUGGAAGUGAAAUCGAUUGACGACACCUCUAAUUUCGAUGACUUCCCUGAUGUUGAUCUCAAAAUA